AUGCACACACGCGGCCACACGGGGGCCCCCCAGAGCGCUCCAGUAGCAAUGGCCGCCGUGGAUCGGCGGAUGCCUUGUCUCGAUGAUUUUGUCGGAUUAAACUGGAGUUGUUGGGUCGACACAGUGAAUAAUGGAUCUUCGGACGCCCAGUCUGAAGACACCAAAUCUGGGAGGGGCUCUUGUGAGACCAUGACCCUCAGGAAAGAAGACAUGCCUAUUUACGGCCACUGUCCGGCUCAAGAUAACUUCUAUCUGGUGGUGUGCAGCCACUGUGGGAAGCUGGUGAAACCUCAGGCCUUUGAAGAGCACUACGAUCAAAGACACCACUCACUCUCUAAAACCUGUGUCCUGCCCAGCUCCACUCCCUUGCAGCAGCCAUGCACCUCUCGCCCCUCCCAAACUGUGACCAAAGAGAGACCGAGAGACAGUAGGGGGUCCUCCUCGUCCCAGCGCAGACCCAGCAAACCUGUGAAAGGGACAUCAAGUUUACCGACUGAGGGCAAAACUAUUCAGGGAAGAAUUAUUCAGGACAAAUCACAGCCAGCCUUGUCACCGCGUCCCAAAAGUCAACCACAGCCCCCAGUGGCCCCAGUCCAAAACCACCCAUCUUCCUCCUCUUCAUCACCCAGCCCAUCCUCCAUGAAGCCCCCUGGUCCCAAGCCCACCCCUGCUCAAACCCACAGCCCCCAGCGUCAUUCACGUGCUUACACCCACAACACACUCCGAAACAGCAACAGUAAAACGUCAAUAAACAAAAAGUGUGAAGAUCAAGACAAGAUGAAGCCAAGUCCUCAGCAGCCCAUACAAACUGAGGACUUGAUUCGACAGCAAAAGAGCACUGAUUCUGACCUUGCCCCCGUGGCUUCUUUAAAUCGAGAUUCAGACCCCAAAGUGAAAACCGAAAGCACAGACUUACAGAGUGACCCCAAAGAAAAUUCAAGUCGGUGCAGUCAAUUAACCCUAAACGCCAACAGCCACACUUCCAGGCUCCCUCAGGAUCCUUCAGAAACCUUUCCCAUUGAGGAGAGCCCUGUAGAAGGGCAGCCUCCGUAUCCCUUCAACCAGAGCCUUCCAUCCAGCGACAGCAGCGACCAUAAAGAGGAGUACACUGAUGUCUCCUCCACACCCUGGCAUCCCAAACCUCUGGGGAUGUGCACUUUCGGGUGCCGUGCAUUUGGCUGCAGUGUCUUCACAUUCGACCGGAGGCUGCACCACUUGCGGAUAGCGCUCAGUGCCAUGUUGGAGGACCAUGUGAACUCGCACUUGUGGAAGAAAAUUCCUCAAACUGCCUCUCACCUCAAGUCCCCUCAUGUUACACCUCCAGCACAAGGGCUACAGAAGAGAAAACCUCAGUCCAGCGUGCCCCCCACCAGCUCCUCGCCGUCCAAGAAGUGUGUGCGGCUGUCGCCUCCGUCUCGCUCCAGCCUUUUCUCCUGGAAGAGGGACAGUACGCAGGAUGUCUGGCUCGGAGUGUGGAGGAAAGAGCACACAUCUGAAGAUGACGCUUCAGGCCAGUAUUAG